AUGAAAAAGUAUAAAGGUAUCAAUAGUCAGAUAAUUAACUAAAGGCUUUUUGAGAAGUAUUGCCAAUCUCAAAAUUAUUAUUACACAAGAGAUAUUAAUGAUAUUCUGAGCGAUGCUACUACAAAAGGUGUAAUUAGAUAUAAAGAUUGGAAUUGUUAUGAUGAAGAAGUAUAAUGAUAUUAAUAAUUAGGAUGAAUAUCUAAAACGCAGUUACAAGUUAGGAGAGUAUCCUUCCAAAAUUGCAUUGUUAGCUGAAUAUUAUAAGGUACUUUAAAAAUAUAAUAUAAUUUAGUUUCACAGCGAUAUUGCAAGAAUCUUUUAAGAACCAGUGGCUUCAAUGCUAAACAAGUAUUAUGAUAAAAAGAGAAAAUACGAGUAUUAUAGAAUAGCUAAGCUUAUUGAAGAUGAGAAUAAGAAAAAUCCACAUAAACCUCCUAAAGGUAUUGUUGGAGAUAAACCAUCGCCAUUAAACUCAUAGGAAUCAAAUUAAAAUAAUGAAGAAGAGUAAAAUGAAUCAAAUCUGUAAAACAUUCAAAUUUUAAAAGAGUUGAGUUGGUUAAAUUAACUAUAAUAAGUAUUUCCUUAUUUAUUAUAUGAUUAGCAAAGUGAGAAACCAGCUAAGAUUAAACAUGACGUAUCAUAGACAUUAAAUGAAAUUUGUAAAUAAAUAGGAAAUUACCCUGACUAAUCUUCAUUAUAUAUUCCAUAAAAUGUUAAAUCAGAAGAAAUGAAAUUAGAAAACUUUCUCUCAUAUUUAAAUAAAAAAUAAAUCAAUCCAAAAAAAUAUACUACUUAACCUUCUGAUUAACUUAUACAGUCAUUAUUAUAAUUGCAUUAACCAAAAAAUUAGAAUAAUAUUUAGAAGAAAAUUGAGAUCAAUUAUCUAUUGAAAACAUAAAAUAAUGAAUAUCCAAAUAAUAAUAAAAAUUAUAAUUUUGUGAAAAAUUCAUUAGAUUAUUUAAAUAGAAAGCAAGAAAAAAAUAAGAUAUCUAUUGAUGAAAUGGCAACUAAAAUAGAUAGUAGAUUAAGUGAAUCCUUAAAAUAAAAGCCUAAGAAUUAAUUAAUCACAAGUUAAAACAAUAAUAAAAAUACCUCUCCAACAACUUAAAUUAACCAAAAAACCACAAUUGGAUCAUUUGCUAAUAUUAAAACUUAAUAAUCUCAAACUAAUCAAAACAAGAAUUAUAUUGCUAAAUUAUUAAUUGAAGACGAUUAAAUAUCACCUGAUAUGAAAUGGAAAAACGGAGCAUUAACUCAUCGACCUAUUUCAGGGACUCAAAAUUUUUUCAAUUCAGACAGAAAUAGUCCAUUUUUUAAGAAAAUGAAAUCAGAAAACGUUAAAUUUUAAAAAGCAAAAACACAACAUCAAUAUAAUAAUAAUUUAAAUACCAAAAAUUUGGUUAACAACUAACCAAAAUCAAGAAAAACUACUUCUUAAAAUAUUCACAUUAGACAAACUUCCAAUUAAGAAAGAUUGAUGACUUUUCAUAAUAAUAAUGAUAUCAAUGAUUAUAAAAACAAAAACACAAGGCUAUUAUUUUAAGAAUUAAAAUAAUCAUCAGGCCAUAAAAAACAUUUUUCUGAUAGUAGAGGUUUAUAUCAAAAAGAACAAUUAAAUGAUUUAGUCUGUUUAACUGAAAGAGGAUCUAAUUUUGAAUUUCUAUUAAAAAACAAUCAUACUUAAUAAUGCUCACCAAAAGGACAUAAUUUUAAAAAGAUGAACAGUGGCACCUUUAAUCCUCCAAAAUCUAAUAUUCCUUUAGAAAAAGGAACUUUGAUACAGCAAAUGAUUAUAAAAGUAGCCAAGUAAAACCAAUAAAAAUAAAUCAUUAAUAAUAAUAAGAUAACAUACAAACAUUCUUGA